GUAUUGAGAAUGGUCCACAAUCCAAACCAUAUCCUGCCAGUGGUGGACCAUUUAAACUUGUGCAUGGGGUAAAUGGUAGGUGAGUGGCAAUAGUAAUGGAUAGUAGAACUGCAGUGGGUAACAAUGAGAAACUCAGUGACUUACAUGGUCAGUGUACUCGGGAAAACACAUGAGUGCACUGCAUGAGUGUGUGGAUGUCUGAUGCUCCUCAGAGCAGAAUGCAGGAUAACGCUGUAGGGAGAAGGCCCCCAGGGCAGUUGCUAUGACAACGGGAAAACGCUCCCCGUCCUUCUGUUCCACGGUCUCCUGGCAACAGCGCAACACAAGCUCAGACCGACACAGAACCCGGAAGGAACCGAACGGCUCGCGACACCGCAAACAAAUUUAAAUGUAAAGAUCCUGGAUUAUUUUUCGUCGCCUAAUUUAGCAAUUAACAAAAAGCAGACUGGCUAUACCUCACCAACAAUGGAUACACUCUCUCUCCGUUUGUUGCAUAAGGACGACCCGCGUUUUCAGCUGAAAGUGGAAAACAGGCUGGAAAAUAUUUUUGUAACGCAGUUAGAGGACCACGGUGUUCCUCAUAGCAGAGCAGAGGGAGAGAAUGUCAACCACAUCCCUGUCAUAACAGAGUCAUCUAACAGAAUCCUGAAAACGGGUGUCAACACUCUUCAGAGGACGCUGGUGCUGAAGACGCAGGUGCAGCUGGAUGAGGUAAACAGGCAGUUAAUGCAGAAACGGCUCGAGUUCAAAGAUCGUAUGCAGGCUCUGGAACAGAGAAGGGCAGCACUUCUGGAAAAACAGGAAGAAACAAAAGAGAGUGCAAUGAGGUUUGAAAGGUUUGUGGAGGAAAACGAGGUAAAGCGACGGCGUGCCCUGAAGAAAUACCAGCUAGAGAAAAAAGAGAAUGAGCUGAGGGAGGAGGAGAAAUCCAAACUAUAUAAAGAACUUGAGCAGCUUCAGAUCAGACAUCAACAACUAAAAGAACGGGUUGUUAAAUAUAAGAUUUAUGAAGAGUAUAUGAUGAAGAUUCUAGAUUUACUACCAGAGGCUUAUUCAGAAUAUGGUUCAGAUUCUUUGGCGAUGCCCAUCAUCAGACGCUACGAGACCUUGUCCAUCACUCAGCAGGACUUGUUGCAACGUCUCACCAGUCUGGCAGAGGAACUAGACCGAGGCCGAAGCAAACUGGACUCACUCAAACUGGAGCACAGUACGAGCAGAUUUAUGUCCAAUAAGGAGUUGUCAGAACUGCAGACCCAGUGGGAUCAAAUUAGAGAGAAGAAUAAACAACUGAAGAUGAACCUGUAUAUUCAACAUGACCAGUCCCGAGACCAGAUUGAGGAGACUGGGUGUCUUUUGCUAGCGGUGAAGAAUCUUGCACAGCAAUGCCACCUGCAACACUAUGGACCUUUACAAGAAAUGGACUCGCUGACCAUGAUGGACAUGAUAAAGGAGUUCAUUCUGGAGAUGGUGGAUACAGAGAGGAGAGCACUGCAGAUGACAGACUCCAGUAGAACUGAUGAAGAGGAGCAGACACAGAGGAAGAAAAGGACCAGCACUGACUGUAAACAGUUCCAGUAAAGUUAACCUAAAGCGCAAUAGCAAAAACAGUGAAAGUGAACUGCUGAGCUCCUCCAAGACGAUGUCAUAAAACACAUUUGUGACUGAUAAUAAGAGACUUUAAUCAAAGAAUCAGCUAUUCUUAACCCAAACUUGAGGUCAAAAAAUAAAGCAAUAUUUACCAUU